AAAUUUUAUGUGUGACUACUUAUGCGUUAUUAUCACAAACGUUGUUUCUAUCUAGCUUUAAUUUUUUAUCAUUUAUUAUUCCAGUUCGAAUAGUUGUGAUUCAUUUGAAAUGGCUUUAGCAAUAGAAUUAAAACGUCGCCUGGACGAUAAUGAUUCACCAUUAUGCAAAAGAAUUCGGAUGGCUGAGGAUAUAUUUAAAUCAAACAAUUUCCCAUUAACAUCUCACAGAAAUAUUACAUUAAAUUGGCUCUGCAAUUUGGCCGAUAAUAGUACAGAUGAUUUUUCGUGGAUAGAAUCUAUUAAAAAGUGUUUUGGUACACCAUUUGCUUACGCUGAUUUAGAUAACUCGCUCAUAGAAAAUUUAAUCAAGAUACUUUUAAAUAAAUUAGAAUCACAGUCUUUGGAAAUAGUUGAUGGCUUGAUUAGCGUAAUUGAUAAUACUUCAGUACAAAAAUAUUUUGUAUCAAAUUUACCAUUGUGGAACAAGGUUAUUGUAAAGUUAAUAAAAACUAGUGAAGCUUGCACAAAUACAAAUAAUCAAAGAAGUGAAAUCUUAUUGUAUGUAAAUAAGAUUAUUGCAUAUUUAAUCAAUCUUCAUAAAAUUGCUUUGGAUCAAGAUAUUUAUUAUGAAAAUGUUUUAAAAGGAGCUCUUGUGAAUUUAAUUUCGCUUCUUGAUAAAAUAGAGGAUGAGGAUUUGAACAACAAAUGUGUAGAAUUAAUUCAAAAUUGUGUUUUUACUAAAGAUAGUACAAAAUUUAUUGAACACUUCAUGGAUGUAUUUGAUCAUUUGGAGGCAAAAGGGUGCUCAGAACUUGCCUUCAAAAUUUUAUGUAUUGCUUAUAUUAAAGCUUACAAAGAAAGCUCGAAUAUUAUUAAAUUGUUCAAAAGAAUUAUUGAUUGCAACAAGACCAACAAAUUUUAUCCAUGCAUACUCAUGGAUAUUUUUAAAAUUGAGGAUGUUUCUCUAGAAAUUGAAGAUAAUGGUGAAACGUUAAUGUCAUAUCUUCAAAAAUAUUCAAUGGACAUUUUAUCUAGUUCUGUUAAUUCUGAUAAAUUCAUGUUUUCGUUUUUGAAUUCAGCAAUAUUAUUAAAUCCAUUAAUCAUUGAACCACAACUGAAAGAGUUCUUAAUCAAGUCUAUGUUGAUGAAGAAAGAAAGUACCGAAGGUCUACUUGAAUUUUCUACAUUUCUCAAGCAUGUUGUUCAAACUUUAUCAAAAUUGAAUAGAAUUCAUAAAUUACCCUUGUUAUUGCUUAAUGAUCUUGAUGCAGUGAUACAAGUAGAAUGUGCUUCCAAUGAGAAUGUCAAAUCGGAUUAUCAUAUUGAACAAAUUUGGCCUCUUGAGGUCGCAGAGCACUGGGGUAAUUCAAUGGAAGGUCUAAAUGCCAGCAUUACAUGGAACACACUACAAAGUCUUCUGUAUACUCUUGAUAAUAAGGGAAUACUAAAUAAAAAAGAUGAUACGAAUGUUUUUGGUGCCUCUGUAAUGACACAAGUAAUCUUGCGUUUCAUUACCAGUUUUUUAAAGAACUGUAAAUUGCCAUUGAUGUCUAAAGAAAAUUAUACAAAAUUGUGGGAUCAUAGUAAAAAAUCUUUUGAAAUUCUAGCUAAAGUUGCUCUUAUCAUUGUUAAAGAAAAGUUACAUGGCUUGUUGGUGCAUUGGCUCGAAACAGCAUACAUAGUUGGUGAAUUUAUAAUAAUGCUAAAAUAUUAUUGGAAUUGCAUGGACACCCAAUUGCAACUACAACUGAUCGAACAAUAUUUCAAUGAAAAACAUUGGAACAAAUUAUGUAAAUUAGUUAAAGAAAGUGAUUGCACAAAAUCAAAAGACUACUUGAAUAACAUACAUCUUCAAAAGUUACGAUAUAAAAUGAUGAUACGCAGUUUAAAUAACAAGCAUGACCUAAAGGAAGAACUAAAAGUAGUCUAUAACAAUUGGGAAAAUAUUUUAAAUUCAAAACUUAUAUUCAAAUCCUUACUACCCUUAAUGACACAGGCUCAAGUUAUAGAAUUAGUUAAUAAUUCUAUCAAUGAUAUAGUUAAACCAAAUAAUCUGCACAUAUUACAAUCAGAUUAUAUACAGGAAAACAAUAAUUUCAUUUCAGUAACUUUAUACAGCAUAUUUCAUGAAAUUGCUAAAUUAUUAUUGAAAUCAGUGAAAAUAGUUGAAGAAUUUAAUAUUUCAGAGAUAUUAGAUGAUAAACAAAAGUUUUUGAUUUCGAUUGGUGAAACUUUAGAAAAAGAUUUUGUUGUGGAGUCUCCAAUUGCUGAUGUAGCAGCUCUUGAAAUUUAUUUAAAAGCACUUGUAGCAUUGAACUUGCAAUUUUUAGACAAUACAACGAAAUGCAGUAUAUAUUUUUUUAUAAUUUCUGUUUUUGCGUAUUUGAAUGAAGUUAAUAAAUUAGUAAAUGAUGAUAGUAAUUAUCAAGCACAUGUUGAAGAGUGUCGGAGCACUUGUGGAGUAAUAUUAGCAAAUGUUUUAGAAAGUGGAACAAGUUUCAAUGUUGAUGAUUACAUAUCUUCUACCGUUUAUUUAAAGAUAUCUUCCUGGAUAUCAAAAACAGAACUUAUCCAACCAAUCAUAGAAAUGUCGAUGAAAGAAAAUGCUAAUAUAAUUCCUAAGCUUAAUAAAGUUGUGAAGAAAAUUCACAAAAAUUAUCAAAGUUUACCUGAAGACAGCAUUCCAAGUAAAUUACAUGAAUUACUUAUUGUUCCUACUAUUUGUCUCACUCUUUCAACCAAGAUGAAAAAGUUGCAUAAAGAACAACGUGCUUUGGUUACAAAAUUGAGAAACAAAUGUGUCGAUAUUAUCCACAAUAUAAUUACAAAAUAUUCUAGCAAUGCACCUCUUGAAAUUCUAUUACCAAGUUAUAAUCAAUUAUUACAAUUGUGGAUUAACAAUAUCGAAGCUAAAGAUAACAUUAAAGAUAUUGUAACAGUUUUACCUAUUUAUUUAAAAUACUCUAUGGACACUAUACAAAUAAAAAGUAAGGGUGAUGCACACUCCUUUAUUAUGCUUGUUACAAGAAAUCAAAAACAUUUUAUGGACGAUUUGCCUGAAAAUUUUGUUAUGGAUUUAUGGGACGUAUAUUACAAAAUUAAUUGUAAUAUUCAGAAUAUUUCUUCUACCGAAACUGUUCUUGCUUUGUUAGAAAGUUGUGAUGAUAAACAAUUUGAAGAAAUUAUUUUAAAAUUAAAUGACAAUACUAUAAAAUCUAUGGAGUGCGAAAAAGACUUCCCAAACAGUAUAAACCUGUGGGUAAAUAUUACAGAAGCAAUGUUAAGUGGAAACAAGACUAAAUUACGACUUGAAAUAUUAACAAAAUUAUGUCAAGAUCUUUUGGCAUUGAUUACAAAAGGCCAUUACACAAAUGGAACAAAUACUCUAGUUAUAAUGAAAUUCUUCUUAACAAUUACAAAAAAUCCUUUGCUUCAAAUUAACGUAUUAGUGAUUGAAUCAAUUUUAAGUGCUGUUUUCCUAACACCUUUUGAUGAUUUAUCAACAUUCGGAGUGGAUCUGUUUAAAACUUGUUCUGAAAUUGUGAACUUUACUUUGCUUAAAAGAACAGCAUUGAUAUUAGACAGACUCCCUGUGGUAAUAUAUGGAAUACGUUAUUUAAUUAAAAUCUUGGCACGGUGGUCUGCUUCAAAAGAAUCCGAUAGUGUGGAAAAAGAUAGUUUCCAAAGUGUACUAGCAGAUCUUGGGCACUCUAUAGAAAAGGUUUUUACUUCGCUCAUAAAGUUAAAACGCAAUUUAUCAAGGCCUGCUUACUUGAUGCACGAUGUAAUAGUUGAACUUUCUUCUUACACUUUAAAAAAUGAAAUUAAGCAAUCCUUACUGAAUUGCUGUUAUCAAAUACAUAGCCUAUGCGACUCUCAUGCACUCAAAUAUUUGAAUACUGUAUCUAGUGUUGCUAAUAGAGAAAUAUUCAAAAAUAUUCAUGAAACCUAUAAUAAAUUUCAUAUGUUCAAAGGUAAAAUAUAA